AUGUUUAUUAUUUCUGACAAGAGAUUACAUAAACCAAUGUAUCUUCUGAUUUGCAACCUUGCUGUUGUUGAUAUAAUGUACACCUCCAGUUGCAGUCCAACAAUGACUGGGGUUCUACUCGCAGGUGUUAAUACUAUAUCCUAUGUGGAGUGUUUAAUUCAAAUGUGUGUUUUCCAUUUGGGAACAGUGAUGGAGUCAUUUGUUUUAGCAUUUAUGGCAUUGGAUAGAUUCAUUGCAAUAAUUUAUCCUUUCCAUUAUCACAGUUAUUUAACAAACACACGUGUUGUUGUUCUUACAUUUAUUCUGUGGUUCGUUGCCUCGUGUUUUGUUUGUUAUAUGCCUGCAACAGUUGUCCCCCUCCCACACUGCAGUUCAAGGCUGAAAUACAGCUUCUGUGACUUUCCUGCUUUAAUACGAACAACCUGUGUUAACCCAGAGAAAUAUUUCAAUGAAGUUGCCAUUUAUCUUCACCAGGUUUGGUGUGGUAUUAACUCUUGA